AAAAAAAAAACAACAUUGGUAACAAGUCGUAUUUAUGCCUUUUCUCAUAUUAUUCCCUUUCUCAGUGAUGAUCGUUUGUCGCUUGCAGAAUUCACGCUGAUAUGUCGUGCUCUGUUCCGCAACAACAAAGGCCAUAUUUAUUUAAUACCACCAAGCAAUUUGGAAGAAAUUUUCGCCGUAUUCGAUAAGAAUCAAGAUGGCUACAUUGAUCGAGAUGAAUUCACUUUCUGUUGGAACUCGUGGAUAAAAACGAUUGUUCGUCCUAUGAAUGCCUUCCUGGUUGUUGAUGUUCAGAACGACUUUAUAAGUGGAUCGUUGAAUAUCAGUAACUGCGCUGCACAACAAAAUGGAAUUGAGGUUAUUGAUCCAAUUAACAAACUAAUCGACACGGUGGAAUUCGAUGCGGUUUUCUAUUCACUCGACUGGCACCCAGCGGAUCACGUUAGCUUUAUCGAUAACAUCAAACAGCGACCAAUUCAUCCAACCAGUCCUUUAAAUGCUGACAAUGCUGCGGUUUAUGACACAGUUAUCUUUGCUGGUCCGCCUCCGAUGAAACAGCGGUUAUGGCCCAGGCACUGUGUGCAAGACACGUGGGGAAGUGAGUUGCACAAGGAUUUGAAGAUUAUUGAUAAUUCUGUUAAAGUUUACAAAGGGACGAACCCUGAAGUUGAUUCAUAUUCGGUAUUCUGGGAUAAUAAAAAACUCUCCGACACAUCGUUGUUCUCGCAGCUUAAGCAGAAAGGCAUAACGGAUGUAUAUGUUUGUGGUUUGGCGUAUGACGUUUGUGUUGGUGCUACCGUUUUAGAUUCACUUUCAGCUGGAUAUCGAACAAUUUUGAUUGACGAUUGUUGUCGUGGUGUUGACAUUCAAGAUAUUGAAUCGACCAAAGAAGGAAUCCUUUCAAAUCACGGUGUAAUUGUUCAAUCAAAUGAGGUGAAGGCAAUGGUGGAAGGACGUGACAGACGACCGGAAUUGGGUUUCAAGCUGGCAAUGGAGCUGAAAAAUGCUGAGAAUGAAAGCAAACGUGGUCGUCGCAUAGUUUGAAGAUAUCCUGAAUGUGAUGUGAAUGGACAUAAAAAAGUUUUUUGAAACACCAUGACUCUAUUUUCCUAUCUAUCUUCAUUCACAUCCACCCUCGUCUAAAUAUUUGUUUUAUCCUCGUCGCUAAUGGCGAAAUUUUCGGCCUUCUUUCUUUUUUUUCGUCAGUUUUAUUUUUUCAUUUGUUUUUCCAUCGCUUCUUAGUGCUACAUAUUUAUGAACAUUUUAGAUUUGUAAUCUUUCUAGUGGAAAUUUUGAAAUAUCAUGAAAUUAUUCAUUCCCAGAGUGUUUCGGUGGUGAGAUAUCUACAGUCUACAAAUCCAUGGCGAGCAAUAAACUUUAUGCAAAUUUAAUAUUACGAUGGGAUGAAAAAGUUUCCGGGUUUCUUUUUUCUCUUUUCCUUUUUUUUUCUUUUGCUUACUUAUUGUCUGUCUUAUUGUGUUAAAGAUUUCUUUCAAGGAUAGUAAUGUAGAACAAAAACAUAAUUGUCUAUUUUCCUAAGUUUUCAUUUCUAUAAAGUUUUAAAAGCACAUAAAAAGAAAGAAGAGAAGUUUUGAGUCAAUUGCAGUUGCUAAUGAUUAAAAAAUUAUUUGAAUGCCAUCAGAAUAUUUGUUUUGAUUAAUUAAAUAUAAAUGGAUACAUAAAUGUUAAGUAUGCAUGUUGUUUGAUGUACAAUGAGAACAAAGUCAUGUCCUCGCUAUCUCUAUUGCUUAUUCCUAUAAUGUUACUUAAAUAUAUUUAGAUAUGUAAAAAUUGUAUAUUCUAUAUACAUACAUUUAUUUAUGUACAAUUACACCACAUCAUGGUAAAUAUGUAGAAUUUAUGUAGAUGUAAGACAGAAUGUUCAUAACUUCAUAUAAAACAACUUGAAGGAGCUUUAAUAAAAUCUUCAUUAAAUGUUUAAAUUUAAGUAAAUUUAGCGAAAA